AUGGGAAAAGACGAUACAGGUCUUACGGGUCGCCAAGCACACAAAUGGAUUGGUGACCAUUUGAUGGCGACGAGAGCACGGAUGCUAUUUAUUCUCUUCUAUAUUUUUACGUUCAGCGAUCAAUGGUCCGUUGCUUCACCAUGUUCAUAUAAGAGUCCACGUGUGGAAGACGUUCUACUUGAAGUCCCCAUUGAAACGAAUCGUUUCCGACGAUCCACCACCGAGAAAGUUUACGAAGCGUUACGUGUGUACUUACACUAUGACGAUUCCGUUCUUGCACUCCCAGCUGAAAAACAAUUAUUUGUAAAUAGUUCCCUAUUGCCAGAAGCAGCUGGUUAUUGGGAGAAUGUGUUGCGAGUCGCACGCGCUGAUGCACCAAUCCGGUUGCGAAGGAAAUGCAUCUCAUCCUACUAUUACUUUCGAAACGAGAAGAAAUCGGUGGCAUGCGAUCGAGGUUGCAGAGAGAUGACCACGUGCGGUGACGCUGUCAUACCACCGGAACAUUUAUUGGAGUGCUCAUAUUGUCUAUCAUCUGACGACUGCUAUACAACUGGAGAAAAAGGUAGCGGAGUGAAAGAUGCUGACUUCAUACUGUACGUGACCGCAAUUUCCACUAAACGAUGCGAUAGUGUGGAUACGUUAGCGUACGCAGCACAUUGUCAGCAAGAAGCGGAACUGGACAGACCGGUGGCUGGACACGUGAAUCUUUGCCCGUCCGCGCUGUCCACACAUCGUCACGAUCGGGAAAUUCUACUCUCAACGGUAAAACAUGAAAUUCUUCACGCGCUGGGUUUCAGCGUCGGUUUGUACGCGUUCUUUCGGGACGAGAAUGGGAAACCGCGAACACGAAGGAAUCGUUACGGGAAGCCGAUCUCGUUGAACAAGGAACUCGGUUAUUACGAAUGGGAUCGUUCAACCAUUUCUACGAUACUUCGAGAAGAUUGGUGGACGGGAGAAGGGAAGGUUGUUCAUCCUGUUCAUAUGAUGGUUACACCACGUGUUCGUGAAGAAGCUCGUCAACAUUUCGCUUGUGACAUAUUGGAAGGAGCUGAACUUGAAAACCAGGGUGGUGACGGAACCGCGCUUACACAUUGGGAAAAACGUGUAUUUGAGAACGAAGCGAUGACCGGCACGCAUACACAGAAUCCAGUUUAUUCUCGGCUGACAUUGGCUCUUCUGGAGGAUAGCGGGUGGUAUAAACCAAACUAUGAGAGCGCAGAAGAACUCUACUGGGGUCGAAAGCUGGGAUGUGAUUUCGUCAGGAAGAGUUGUGGAGAGUGGAUCAACAACAAGAUUGAGAAAGGAGAGCUGCCGGCACCAUUUUGCAAUGAGAUCAAGCAUGACGGAAAGAAGUCGUUAGCUGUAACGAGAUGCACUUCCCAGCGUGAUUCGUUAGCACUUUGUAACCUCGUACCAUAUCGAAAGGAGCUACCAAUUCAAUUUCGAAAUUUCGCUAAAAUUGAUGGAGUUUCAAAAGAUGGUACAAAACACUAUGGAGGUUCUGUAGAGCUUGCCGAUUUCUGUCCUUACAGUCAGGAAUUCGAAUGGAAAUUGCCUAACACUACGAUACGACGUGAUUCCCGUUGCGAACUGGAGGGGAAUAAUCAAGAAGGGGAAGAUAUUCUAGAGGUAUACGGAUCCUCGUCGCGUUGCCUUGAUUUCAAGAAACCAUGGAGAGAACGAAAAUGUGGCCGAAUAAGAUCGCUGUCUCACUACAUGGCUGGUUGUUAUGAGCACGUUUGCCAAAAUGGUACUUUGUUUAUUUCUGUGCACGAUUCACCACUAUAUCCAUGUUAUUUCGAAGGUCAAUAUGUUCAUAUCAAAAGGAUCACUGAUGGAUGGCUACGUGAGGGUGUGAUCCUGUGUCCAUCAUGUGAUGAGUUCUGUUCACAAUGCAAAAUACAGGAGAAAACAGACGACUACAUAGGUGAUCCAGAUCUAGACGAACCAUGUGCUACUGCUACCAUAUCAAUUUGGAUGUGCCUGCUGAUCGUGAUGCUGUAUCGGAUAUCGAUUCAUUGGUGUUGA